AUGAGUACCGAUGAGAUUGAUUGGCAAAAAGUGCCGAAUACUGUAAAAAAGAGAAUGAUAAAUCUCUCUAUGAUACAUCGAUUAAUACCAUCUCAAAAAUUACGACGUCGGACUAAAACUAUGAAUAAUACGCUUGGACGUCUCCAUCACUUAGAAACGUAUAGCCAAUACGUUAAAAUGAAAACGUCUAUUCUUCGAAGUCUAUCAGACGAUAGCAGUACCGAUGAUGACGAAAGUUUGACAGACAAUGAUGAUAGCGAUUUCAACAAAUCCAACUUGUCUUUGAAAGAUAAUACAACAUGUGUAUCUACUGUAAGUCCAAAUGAUUUCUGUACAGCAAACUUUGAUAUCAUUGAAAGUGACAUUGUGUCUGGCAUCGUAAAUGAGAGAAAAAACAAACAACGAUCUAAAAAUAAAUCUUCCAAAAUUGUAAAAUUAGGUUGGCAGGGAGUUACUAAGAAGAAAAAUAAAAAAUUAACUUUUUUAUCAAAAAGAAAAACUCAAAGGGAAACACCAGAUGAUUCGAAUGAAACCAAGAAUUAUAACUCUUUUGUAAGCUGUUCCGAUAAAUCUACUUCUUGCAAAGAAUACAUAAUCUCAACAGACCAGAAAGCAAGUAAUACAGAAAAUUUGAUCGAGUCAAACAAAACAAAAUUUAGUAUUAAUGCAGACAAAGAUAUAAAAAGCAAGGACAAUGAGCCAAUAGAGAAAGCAAAUAUUACAACUAACGAUAUCAAUGAGGAUUCAGAAAUAAAACAUUAUUAUAAAACAAUUAAGAGGAAAAGAAAGUUAAAUGAUACACAAAAAGACUUAAUACCUAUAUUGAGUCAUGAUGAUGCAAACCAAGAUAUUGAUACACCUUUUACAAAUACAAAGGUAAAUUUGAAACAUAGUUGUACCCUCUUGUCAAAUGGAAAUAUGAAAGUUCAAGGAAAUUCUAUGAAUGAUGGUAAAAGUGACAAGUUUUUUCCUCCAAUACAGUCUUCAAUUAUUUAUAAUACAAAUCAACCUAAAGAUUCAGGUAUCGAUGAGGAUACAGAAGAAGAAUUCCCAGAAGAUAAAAAAGGAACUUGUGUACAAGGAAAAGAAGAGAUACAGGAAGUUUGCGAAAGCAACGAACCUACACUGUCUACAUUGGAUCACAGAAAUAACUCUGUAACUGAAACAACAAAUGUAACAACUGCUGACAGCUUGGUAUCUGAUUCUCAGAAUAUAUCAAGUAACAUAGGGUAUCAACACGCAGAACUGUGUACUACUAAAAGUACAAAUGAUAAAGAAGAACAACAAAACAAAAUACAUAAACAAAAAUUACAACCUAAAGUUACUUGCACAGAAAUUGUUAGCAAGAAAUACAAAAUCGUAUCAUCCAAUACUUUGUUAUUCGAUAACAGUACAGGACCAGAAAUAAGCAACAGUUGCGAUAAGAAAGAGGAGUCUAUAGAAGUCGAACGCAAUAAAGAAGAUAGUAUGUCGAGUUUGUCCAAAAGGCGAUUACAACAACUCAAAAGAUUAAAUUUAAUUGUAGAUAGCGAGUCUAGUCUUAGUUCAGACGACGAUCAAUAUUGUAAUAUUGAAAAUAUGAGAGAUAAGCUAUUUAAAAGAUCGAAAGACUCUUCAGACUCAUCGGAUAGCGACAACGAAGACGUUCCGUUCAAGCAUACAAUAUCGAUACAUGAGAGUAAAAAAUUUAAAAAAAGUAGAAUCUUCAGAUCUGAAAGCGACAGAAACGAACAGAACAUUCGUCUACAAGAGAUGCAUACCAUCUGCAGAAAAGGUGAAGAAGCAUCCAAUACCAAAGAGUUGGCACAAUUGUUAAUAUUAGCAAAAGCAAAUGGGAAUGUAUACGAGCACACGUCAAACUAUGCCUCCAAGAAAGAGGCAUGCUCAUCGAUAAACCAAUGUAAAGAAAAUUUUCAAAACUCUCUGAAGCAAAACCAAUAUUCCGGGCAUAAUGAAGACAAUAAUACUGAAUGGACUACAAAAUUUGAAGAAUCGUUGCAACUCGAUCACGAGACUGACAAAUAUUUCAAAACUGAAACUCAGAUACAAUUCACAAAUAACAAUUCAGCAGUAUGCAGCAGACCAUGCAAUAUACAAGAACUGAUAGAAAAGGAAGGCUUGAAAUAUGAAACCACAUCACCUUCUUUUACACUUAAAGACGUACAAGAAAACGAUAUUUUUCUACUAGAUGUACCUUCCAUGGUGUUUAGAAGUCAAUUACUGGGGAAAAAAUUAAUUUUAACCAAAACAAAGUUACAAUUUGGAAAACAAAAAUAUAGAAUUGCAUUCCAUGACGUGGAUCAUGUGUCUUGUGUGUUCAGCACUGGAAAAUCUCGCAAGACCUACAAACCAGGUACACAAUGAAUCAGUUGUCAAGAUCC